UCAUGAAUACUAAACAAAUUAAUAACUUUAUUGCAGUUUCCCAUCAUAUCAUGUAUUAGGAAUGGGACAAAUGUUGGCCACAAUAAUCAUAUUAAGUAUAGGAAAAUCGUUUAAUAUUAUAAAUUAUCCCAACUAUUCACGAGAUAUUCCGCUAAAAAUAUGGCCGUUGCCAGUGCUAUACAUGGGAAAUCUGGUUUGCGGUUUAGGCGGAACUAAACACCUGAGUCUUCCAAUGUUCACAGUUUUGCGGAGAUUUACUAUUUUAAUGACUCUCGUCGGAGAGUAUUAUGUUCUCAAUGUUGUACAAAGCAAUGUAAUCAUUAUGACUGUCAUAGCGAUGGUUGGCGGAGCUCUAAUUGCUGCC